AUGGUGCUGCCCUACAAAUCCAACACCACGGCAACCUUGACCCAUCCGACGGCACUAUCACCACCACCUGCACCGCCAAGUCCAAAGCUGAAGCUUGAGAAAACUCAUAUGCGACUACGAAGCGACUCGGCCCUCUCAAUGCAUACCAGCAAGUCCUCGUUCCGUCAAUACCCAGACAGCAGGUCGGAAAGUCCGAUGAAUACACCUUGGUACUGGAAGAAGCAGAAGGAUGUUGAUGCCGUAAGCACCAUCGAUACCAUCUCCUUGGGGGGCACUACGAGUGUGGCCUCGAGUGAAUACGCACAAUAUGUUGGGUCACUUCCCAAUCUGUUUGAUCGUACGGUGAUCAAAAUCGCCUUUUCGGACCCGGAGGUAGGAAGAAAGUUGCGCGACUUUGCCAAACCUAGGAACUACUCUGUGGACUUGGGGCUUAUGUUAGAGACAAAUACUAAGCAGUGUGCUCGGACUGCAUUGCCGUCGCUGGAAAGGUUGUACCGAGAAGCCAAGGUCGCAGCUGAAGAACGGCUCGUCAAUGACCUCUAUCCCGAGUUCGUCAAGUCUCAGCUCGCGAAUCGUUUAAGGGCUUCUUUAUCCGUUACACAGCCCUCUUCCUCCAUCCCAUUCAAGUCAACGUACCCUGGCCUUGGCAAUGCCUUCUGUCUUACCGACUCUUGGAAGCCCGAUAACCCCAUAGUCUAUGCCUCUGAAGGUUUCUUGAGAAUGUUUGGCUUUGAGAGACACGAGGUUCUUCAAAGGAAUUGCAGGUUUAUGCAGGGCAACUCCACCAACGGCGACGCAGUACAUCGAAUGCGGAAUGCGAUCUUCAUGGGAAGAGAACACACUGAGUUGAUUGUCAACUAUCGCAAAGAUGGAACUCCGUUCUGGAACUUCUUAUUCAUCUGUCCUCUAGUUGAAGACGGCAUCGUGCGCUACUGUCUCGGUGGUCAGAUCAACAUAUCGAAGGGCAUGGGCACAAGUCACCAGGAGAUCAUGGACCUUUUCAACUUUGAUACACCCACAGAGGAGAACUCUUUACCCAGCACAUCCACAGAAUCUUACAUUGGUUCAGCUCAGCGACCUGCCAUACACAUCCAAGACUCGUGUCCCCCGGGCGAGAACUCACCGGUCACACCUCGACGAUCACACCGACAGCGUCUUUUUGAUCGCUUCCGUCCCAGAAAGAACGUACUUGACACCAGCCAUGCAGAGCGCCAGCCAGAUGACCCGACCAUUCUCAUGAAUGCCAGGAAGUCACCAUCACCCUCGCCCAUGGACGGUCACAUGGAAAACUGGGGGAUCUCGAAUCCUUUCCACGACCAUUACCAAGUUGAACCCGAACCACCCAAACCCACGCCAAUAAGCACACCUUACUCAUGCUUCUUCGUGAUGCGCUACGUCCCUUCGCCCUCAACCUCCUUUCACAUCUUUCCCCAUCAGACCAACGACAAGCGCCACUCCCGAUUGCCACACCUCCCAGUCGCCUUCUGCUCCACCGAAGCCCUUGACUUCCUCGGCCUAAAGGGCUACGAUUCGUCCAUCGUCCAAUCCAGGUCCAUCUUCUCGCUCCUUGUAUGUGCCACGAGCUCGACCGACUUGAUAGAAAAGACCUUCCGGUCUACCGUCCUCGAAAGCAUGGCGGCGGGCGAGUCCAUUUCACUUGAAAUAUCAACGCUUGCUUAUGAUCCCGCCCCAUCCACUACUACCCCUUCCCCUUCAAGAGAUACCAAAACUGCAGACAAACCCCCCUCCGUCUUCUCCUCAGCCCGUGCGCGCAGCCGUAGUAACGUCGGCCGUGAAGGAAAGACAGCGGCAACAAGAGAAGGGGCCCUGUCAGCAGCAAGCUCGGAUUAUCGGCCGUCUAGCUCUAGGGUUUUCAGUGAUAAAUUGAAGGAGCACGGGGCCGUUGAGAGACUCGGGAACAUGUUUGCCUUUCGAGGACUCGGUGGAGGCGGUGGCGGAGGUAAAGAUGCUGCAUCAGCAUCAAAAGUGGAAGAACAGGGGGACAAGGGACACUGGGGACAGGGACAGGAACAGCAGACGAAGGGCAAGAGGUUGGUUAGCCACUGGACGGCUUUGAAGGAUGGCGAGGGAAAGGUGGCUUGGGUGGUGCUAAUUUUGACCCCUGCUACUGCUGCUGCUGCGUCUUCUGCUUGA